CAUUCGCCCCGAAACCAAUCACAAAAAAAGUAACACUAGAAAAAGUCGGUCGCACGGGGAAAAACGUCGCCAUGUCGCCGUGAAAAUCGUCUCAAAACGGGUGAAAAACCGUCAGAAACCACAGCCAGAUACUUCCAAUUCGUGCCCUUUCGCGUGCGUGUCGUGUGUUUGGUGUUGUGCGUGUGAAUGUGUACUGUUUUCUCUGAUCUGCGCUUAACCAGUUCGGUGGAAAUGUGAUUAUAAUUUGAUUUUUCUAUUGCGGCAUAAGGAUAAAAAGCAACCGGCACGAUCGCUCUCCCCUCCCUCUCGCUCUGAUCAUAGUAGCCGAAGGAAAACAGUGCGAUUUGAUUUGUGUGUGUGUGUGUGUUUUAGGAAAAACAAGGAAUGGAAUAUUUAACAUACCCACACACACCCACAUUUUCACACCCAGAGGAGCCAUCCGUCAUGCCAGACAUCGCAAUGGCUACUUGUAUCCGGGAAAAUUUCCACCGGCUUCCAUCACAAUAAUCAUCCUCGAUCGGUGUGUGCCUCUUUAUUUGGCCGUUUUUCUCCAUCGCGUUUACCGCAUCGCGUGUGUGUGUGUGUAUUAUUAUUGUUGCGGUGAAAAUCCUUCCAAAUCCUGUCCCACGCGCCUCUCCCGGAUUGACCGGUUUCUGUGUCAGUGUGUGUGUGUGUGUGAGUGAGCGAGAAAAACGGGAAUAGUUUACGUGCAUUCGUCGUUUUUUUGCCUCGUUUUUCACCGGUGUGGUGGAAAAAGGUGUUGUUUAAAUGUUUCCAAUCGUGGCAACCGUGGCGAUUUGCGUGUGCUUUUAAGUGUCCUGUUUGUGUGUUUGUGCCGGUGUGCUGGUUAGCCGGAAGUGUACAAAAAAAGAAGCAAUUGCACGGAUAAUAAUCAACGUGGGAAAUUGCAGCACCACCGGGACAGGUCGUUGUGGAUCAGUCCGAAAGGUACACACAUUCACACAGACGCGCCGGAGGAAAACCAACGCCCCACAUGCCGGGUGUGGAAGGGUACCACGGAUGUGCAGCGGAAUACUCGGUCGUCACCGGAGCUGUGGGCUGUGAGAAGGAUUAAUCCAACGCAGGGAAGAGGCACAUAACGAGAGCGGCUGGGCGAAAAGGGCACAGUAAAUAAAAUUGCACAAUAAUUAUAUCGACCGGAAGUCGGCGAGCCGAGACGUGAGAAAUGGUUGCAAUGCCGGCCGGAUGCAUCACCCGGUCGUCGGCGUCGGCAGGUCCUGGGUGUUGGCGUGUGCUGACGGCAUUGCUGAUAAUUAGCUGUUUAUAUAAUCUGCCAGCAGUGGAAGCACAACAGAGACCGAAAAUUAACGAACAUCCUAAGGAUGCGGUGGCGGCAAAAGAUGAACCACUCACGCUGAACUGCAAAGCAACUGGCCGACCACCGCCCGAGUUUAUCUGGUACCAGAAUGGGGUGCCUCUCGCACCAUCCGAUCGACGUGUAGUCCUGCCGGAAGGAUCACUGUUCUUCCUGAGGGUCACUCAAAACAAGCGUGAGCAAGAUGCUGGAGUUUACCACUGCGAGGCUCGUAACUCGGCAGGUGUUGCUGUAAGUGAGAACGCUACGCUACAGAUUGCGGUUCUACGCGAUGACUUCCGACUGAUGCCGAAGGACACGGUAGCCCUCGUCGGUGGUCCCGUCGUGCUGAACUGCACACCGCCACGAGGCAUCCCAGAACCGUCCGUGCUCUGGAUCAAGGAUGGCAAGAUUCUGGACAUUAACGGCAAACAUCACUCGCUCGUGGACUCCGGCAGUCUGCUCAUCUCCGAAAUUCAAGCAAGCGAUUCGGGCAAGUACGAGUGCUCGGCACAAAGUAUGGCGGGCACGAAAACGACUCCACCGGCUUACCUGAAAGUUCUUGCACCGCCCACCAUCGUCAAGAGUCCGCACGACACGGAAGUACUCGAGGGCGAAGGGUUUGAUCUGCCGUGCGGGUUGACCGGCGAUCCGAAGCCGAUUGUAACGUGGCGCAAGGAAACGGGACGAUUGCCGGAAGGACGCUCACGCAAGCUGCUCGACAAUACGCUACGCAUUGAGGACGCGCGGAAGGAGGACGAGGGCAAGUACUACUGCGAAGGUCACAACGAGGGUGGCAACGUAACGAUCUCGGUGUAUCUGUACGUGUACGAAGCACCAACGUUCAUGGAAGCCCCGGUGGAUGUUAUGAUUCGCGAAGGGGAGCCGCUGUUGCUGCCCUGUCGGGCGAAGGGGCGUCCUGCGGUACGCAUCUUCUGGGAUCGAAUCGAUCGGAAGCACGUGGACAAUAAUGAUGUGCAUCACCACGAAACGGAACCGCCUGCGGGAGGAGACGGUUCCGGUGGAAGAAGGAGGCGAGCCGUCAGCUGGGGCUUCCCGGAAGGAUACGCCUUUCCACCGGAAAUGGCAUCGUUUGUGGCGAAUGGUAGCGGCGAUGGGGGGACGGGACGUGGCAAUUGGUCGAUAAAGAUUGAACCCGUUUCGGAGCGACAACUUUUACAGCAGUAUCCCGCCCGUGUGUCAGCAUUCCGAGCUGAUUCGAGUGAGCGCAAUCGAUUGCUUCUCCGUAGCAGAAGAGACACACCGCAGGAAGGCGAUCUGCACGGGGAAGGGACCGCGACGCCAGACAGCUCCGUAGGAACAAUGGCCGCCUCUACAGCGCAUCCACACAGUAGCAGUGAGAUAGUUUUCGAAGAUAACGGAAGUCUUUCAUUCAAACAGAUUCUAAAGGGUGAUGAGGGUUGGUACGCCUGUGCGGCCAUUAACGAGGCAGGCAGUAUCGUGAAGAAGAUUCACAUCAAGGUGAUGGCCGAAGGGGAGGCGCCAGGCAGAGACCCGUUGCUCGAGUACGAACAGCACCGGUGGGUUAAAGAUCCACAGUUUAUCGUGCUGAACAAUGUGUUCACCGUGUCAGCUACCUCGAUCGGUAUUACUUGGGAGUUGUCGGAUAUUACGCCUCGGAUGCAGCUGCGUAUGUACUAUCGAGUCGCCUCGAAGCCCGUCGACUAUUAUCUAUACAACUCGACGUUUAGCAGUGUGGUCACGACGAACAAUCUGAAGGAGCUAACGCUAACCGGCCUUCGUCCGUACAGUGAGUACGAAAUCUUUGCCAGCAUACCGGAAGGGCUCGCUGGAUCCGUGUCGAACAUACGGCGUGGUCGUACGCUGGACGGUCCACCAUCUGCUCCACCGGUGGAUGUGCGUGUUGGAGUGAUUAAUACUACGGCUGCGUUUGUGCGUUGGUCACCACCGCCGGUGCAUCUGCUCAAUGGAGAGUUGACGGGCUACAAGAUACAAAUCAAGUCGAAUGCCACUAACAAAGUGUUGGGACAGAUGUCUCUCAACUCCACGACACAAUCGGUCGUCAUCAACAGCCUCACGCCCGGUGCGAUGUACAUUGCUCGUGUUGCUAGUCUCACAGCCGGUGGAAUAGGUCCCUACAGCUCGCCAACACCGCUGCAUAUGGAUCCACAAAACAUUGUGAGAUCCGAUCCUACACCAAGCUACUGGACCGCCUCCUGGAUGUCCGGCACUGCAAUAGUGGUGCUUUGCGUUGGACUGAUCAGUGCGGCUAUAUUUGCCAUCUUCUGGACCGUAAGGAAGAAGCAGAGCGUGAAAGCGUCCUACCCGGGACCUUCCGUGACGACGAUCAUACCGGACAAGCAGCAUACGCUCUGGCUGCAUGGGAACACACUCGUGAAAGCACCUUCCCACUCGCUCGAUCCGCCCAGCACGUCCGAGUAUGCCGAGCUGACCAACAAUACGAUGCAAUCGCAAACGAUGGGCAAGAUGAUGAUGGGAGGAGGAAGUAUUCCACCGGAACCGUACGCCACCGUAACGCUACAGCGUGGCGGUAUGAUGACACUCGGAGGGCUUGGCGGUCCCAACGGAGGAGGUGGAAUGGGACCCACGCUGUCCGAGGAAUCGUGUCUAAAGUGCUCGAACGGAAACAGCCCGACCUCGAGCAAUGAGUACAAUGCUCCGAUGAGGGAACCGAUCAACAUAUCGGAUGUGUUGCCACCGCCACCGGAUCAUCCGUACGGCACGUAUCGACCCCCGAACAAUAUGACGAUUCGUACGAAUCCAGCGGCACUGUCCCCGCAGAUGAUGAGAAAGAAUGGGAAUGGAGGAGGUAAUCAAGGUAAUGGACAACCGCGAUGGGAUACAUUGCCACCCCCGAUUCCAAGCUUCCCCCAGAACUGGAUCCGACCGCAUCCUCACCAACAGCAGCAGCAGCAGCAGCAACAGCAUCACCACCAUCCCGAUAUGUACAACAAUGUAAGCACGACGGAGAAUGACUACGAAAGUGGGUCGGUGCUGUACGAACAGUGCUACCGGACCGGACCACCGUCCAGUGGAGGUGCGAGCGUCGGUGGCGGAAGCGCCAUGACCGAUCCGAUGCUGAUCGGCGGCAACAUAGAGUUCUUCAGCCAGGCGGGUGAACCGACGGAAGAGUUUUACCGCAACGUGAACCAAGAGUUUUCGGACGAUAUGGGUUUCGAGCCGGCGAGCCCACCGGCACCCUGCCCGGAAGCGGUACCGUUCAACGGUGGCAAGUAUCUCGCGUCAUCCUCCAGCGACAGCCCAAUGAUGACGGCCCGGAGACACCACAACGGUGGGCGGGGUGGUUAUGUCGGUCAGCAGCAGCAACACCAUCUGCAGAUGCAGCACCAUCAGCAGCAACUGCUGCAGCAUCAACAGCAGCAGCAGCAGCAGCAACAGCAACAGCAGCUGCACGGACAGAACAGCGUCGAGCACAGUUCGGACGACAGUGAUUGCGAUUGUGGGAAUGGGAGCAAUGAGGGUCGGUGGGUACCGCGAACGAAACCACGCUCGCGGAGUCGCUCGAAAUCGACCGAUCGUAAGUACAACCGGAAUCUCAUACGAUAAGGAAAGGCAAGGGGGAUAGAACCGAAUCGGGUGUCCAGUCGGUUAAGCACACGAGGCUAUUUUCUCUUUCGCGUCACACAAAUACUUAGAUCGUAAGGAGCGCGAUUCGCCACGAUUGCGGCGUGAACGACGCACACGCAUUAUCAACUUCAUCCUAUCACACAUGACACAUCUAUCAACUAUAUCGCUAUAUGGCUUUCUCUUCAGUAAUUUUAAAGAGCAUUUCCGACUCUUGUAGCAGCUCGCAGUACGGAGGCAACGCUUCGUGCUCUUCUUAGGAUAACGCUUUUUUCUUACCUUUCCCACACUCACUUAGUCAGUACAGGGCAAGUAAGUCGCUAGUCGAUAUAUCGCGGCACCAGUAAGCAGUAUAGGUCCGAGAAGGGGGAUAGUAGAGUAGCGAGUAACGGUGGACACUACCCCAAAAACACACACACACACACGCGCGCGGUAAUCCCUUCGCUUUCCGAUGCAUGGGAGAAGAUCGAAACACGAGUUAUAUGAGUAAGGCUGCUCGCAGCAACGGAUGGCCCUCUUUUGGGGAACGGUCCUGUUGUUGGGUGCGUGUGCCAUCAUCAGCUAGCUUCCAAUUAAUUAGGUACAUGGCAUUGGGCAUUAAACGUCCUUUGAAGGAAACCGGAUGCUAAUACAAGGGUAUCAGGUGAGUAGUAUUCUCAGUUAACCACUCAAAAGAAUUCAAUUUGCUCUCCGGCCCAAAGCAACAAAUUAAACACAUUUGUUCUGUCGAGUUACGUCGAGAACCUAGUUUGGAAUAGAUUUGAAAAGAAAAAAUGAACUUUUGUGGAAGGGUAAUUCCAUGUUUCAAUUCUACAUAUCAAUUUCCACUAUUUUUUUUUCUAAAUCACAAAUACACUCACACUAGCAGUCAGUUGGCAGAAGGAGGUAAAAACACCCUUGAAAAUGUACAUUUCUCAUCAUACGCUCUUUCUCAUGCUUAAAUAAUAGUGUCAUUUUGUAAAGUUACCACAAACCACAGCGAGGAUUUUGUGCCAUUGCGCUAGGAGAGAUCGGCAAUCAGUCACGCCAUCGCCAGCCUUUCCCGGAACGCGCUGGGGAAACGUGUCUCGUAUACCAUACCACUCUGAGGAAGAAGAAAAGCGAAUGUUGCGUUUGUUUUGUCUCGGUUAAACAAUUGCGAGCAAUAUAUAUAUAUGAGGGAGGAAACGCCUACCGAAGGCGGCACCGCUACAAAGGAUGAACGUUCCUGAUGAAUGUAUGUUUUUACUCCUUGGACUUGUUUCUCCCUGCUCCUUGUACAGCGAUUGUCCUGUAUGGUUUGUUCGUUUGCUGUCGUCGUGUUCGUUCCUCGGUUUCUCGAUGUUUGUCCGGUUCUGGUUUGGUUAUCAAGUUUGCCAACUUUGGCAAACGUGUUAGGUGUUUUACAGAGAUGCAAAUUAACAACAAAAAGAAGAAACUAACAACAAAACAAGAUAGUACUGUACAGCAAAAGCAAAAGCAUAUAUCUAUAUAUAUAUACAUUAAAUAAAUAUAUAUAAAUAUAUAUAUACACCACAACUCACAAUAAUCAGUAGAGAGAUCAGUAGGGAAGUAAGGUGCGCUGCUCUUAGGUGAAUAGCACGGGAGAACGGUUUGCGCUGAUCACACGGAUCACAGCCAAAAUCAAUGCCGCGAUAUCAAGACCCCUAACAGCAGAAGGACACUCGUGGUCGGGGGGGACAACAACAUGCAACCGGUAACAGGAAGCAAUUAGAAGCUUAUAAUCAAGAGAGAACGGCGUGGAAUAAUGAGCGGCAAACAGAACGAAGGGUCCCAAAGGAAAAACAGCAGCAGCAAAACAAACACAAACAAAUCAAAAACAUAUGACACAAAACAAAACACAAAACAAAUCGACCGCAAAGUAUAAUAUAGGAAAGGAAAUAUUAUAUCAACUGUGAUAAUGUAAUGCAACAAAGCAAACACAAAGCAAAAACAAAACAAAACAAAAACCUAACAAGGGAAUCAUGUGGAUAACAGCAAUUGCGCGCAUUGCAACAAACUUUAACGCGAGACCAGGCCAUUGUUGAGUUUUGUGUGUGUGCGUGUGUGCCGACGACCGUUGCAGCAGACGACUAAGAAGCUCAUCGCAUUAGCUUCAGCUUCAGGUGGACCUUAACUCGAGAAGCAGCCUGGGACGCGAAAAAUUGUUUGUUAUUUUGAACAAGCGGCAGCAAGAACUCUCUCCUCCCCCCCCAAGAACAAAAGGCAGUAAUUGGCAAUGGUAAGGGGUGUGGUAACAGUAGAUGGAGAAGCGGACGCGCAUUUACCAGCAGCAACCAUUAUGCAUCAUUACACGUACACAUACCAAUAAAUAUAAUAUAGUAUUAUAUGAAUUAAUUUACUGCCUUACAAAACAAAACGUAGCUAAUAAACCGGGACACUAGGGAAGCGCGAACGUGCCGAACGCGCCACAUUUGUGUUGAUGUCGACAAAUGCGAAGAAAAAAAAAACAAUACAAAAAUGCAAAAUUCGGGAUUUUGAGGUUCAAUUUUUGGAACACAUUUCGGAAAACAUUUUGCAUGCGAAAGGCGAACAAGAAGGUCGAAAGAAGAAGAACGCAUAACACAACCACAACCAGCCACCAGAGAAAGAAAUCGGGAAGGGAAUGUACCAUAAGAGGGAAGAAAAAUGAAAGGAAAUCAGAAUAGCGCAAUGCAAGUGAGCAGACGGCACACACAAACAAACACACAGAAGAAAAGAAAAGAAGUAAACUUGAGAAGACUUAUUUUACAUCAUGAUUAUUCUGGUUGAUAAGUAUAACAUUAGCAAUGCUCCCCAUAUUCCCAGUAGCGGAUCUAUCGUAUAGAGGGCCGUACAGUAGGAACAAAGGGCGGGAUAACAUAAGCGUAUGGCGGAAGGAAUGCAAAACAUCAAACGCGGAAGCAAAUCGCGGUUGGAAUCGAAUCGGCGCAGUGUGUUGUGUUAGCGAGCAAGGGAAGCAAUGCUUUACUAAUGAACUAAUCCUAGCAAGAGCAAAAGCCCGCCAGAACAAAUCAAAAGUAAGCCAACGGUCGACGACGGUACGGGCGCUCAUAUUACUCUCUGCCUGGCGCAUUUAGCGGCAAAAGGAGCAAAACCCCCUUUUACUCUUUACCAUUAUCAAUUAGCAAGCGCAAAACCAAACCAAGACCCCAGCCAACAAACAACACUACUAUUUAUAAAUCCUAAUCAUCAUAGGGCGCCAUCAUUAAGAAAGCCAUUUAACACACACACAAAAGCCACUAAUUUAGUAACGGGAGGGAAGAAAGCAAAAUGCAUCAUACAUAUACGUAGCAGAACCAAAAACAAGUUCCCAUGUAGAAGCCACCCCUUUUUCCCCCCAGGCGGUUCGCCAGUCAUAAUCCAAUCAGUUAAUACGAUACGAUUACUACCAUUUAAGAAACGUUGCAUAGUCCACAUAAUUCUAUUCACAUUCUCUCUUCUCGCCUCUCUUCUAAUCUUGAACGCGCGCGUAUAUCCUCAAACGACAAACAUACACGCACACAGCCACACAAAACAAUACAAAACUUAAAAAAAAACGAUUUUUUCGAUGGUUUUUGGUUUGGAUUCGUUAGAUGGACCACUUGUAAAAUAUAUUUUUUCCAUUUUGUAAGCUCUACUUUUAUACGUCAUAAUGCGCUUAAUUUAACAUCUCGUUUGUAACUGAUAAUAAUUUUAAACGAUUUCAUGCAUGCCAAAGCCUCCAUUAAAAACAAACGCCAUUUUGUUUUUCGGCUCGUACGAGAGCGUCUACACUGUAAUAUGUGCCAUAGAUUGUGUUUCCCCUUUUCAAACACACACACACACACACUGCCUGUUUUGCUGUUAGAAAUUGUCGGUUUUUUGUUUGUUUGUAGAGUUCGUAAAUCGGAGGUAAGAAUAACAAAAGCCAAACAGGAGGAGAAAACCAAGAGAAGAGUAUAUUAGAAGAGACAAAAGGAAACAAGGAAGAAAUCAUUCAAGAUGGGCCCAACAUGAUUGACUACUGGUAGCAAUUACUUAAGGUAGAGAACAAAAUGAAAAGAGCAAGGAAAACAUAGCAUAAAACACUCACAAAACCAUACAUAACAACAAAAAACUAAACAAACAAACACAAUGCAUACUCUCUAGCGCAAAUUUAAUCCUCUAAUCCCGCAAAGUAAGUAAAAAGAGGACAAAAAAGCGAGAAAAAAUAAGCAAAAAAAAAGCAUAACCAUAGAAAGUAAAAUCAAACUCAACAACUCUAUUCUCUUCAAUCUUUAAACAUAAAACGAUUUGUUUUUCCGUUUUCAAAUAUUUCGCUUUCUCGAAUCCGCUUUUCUCGCGCGCCUAGCGUUUUUCUCUCUAUAAUCAAACCCGAAGGAAACAGGACACACAAGUAUAACUAUCUGGUAGGAGAGUGCUAGAACAACAGAAAAGAGAAAAAGAGGAAGGAAGCCGUACGCACAAGGACAAAAAUGGAAACCCGUUUACGGCGAGUAAGAACAAAAAAAACCAAGUUCGGCAGUGUUAUGCGAAACAUAUAAAAAGCAGCCAGUUCACUUUAGAUAAGUAGCGAUUAAUGAAAAAGAAAAACCAAAAACCAACGUUGAAAAAGGAAACAAAAAUACUGUAGUGUGUAAGCGAGUAAAGCGACUAGUAGAAAACAAAACGAAAGGAAGCCGUGAAAGAAAAUAAUCAAAGAAAAGAAGCAAAAAAAAAAAAAACGGAGCCGAGAGUAGAAGUGGGCAUGUUUGGGCCAUAUAAUAUAUCGAAGUAAUGUCGAGUUUCGGUUUGAUUUGGUAUUGUUUCUGUUGUGUUUUGGAAGUGUAGUAGUGCGAAAGUAUUUUUUCUUCCUCGAACGCUGUGUAAUAAAAGUUGCGAAAGUAAUAGGCAAACAGAUGCGAAACCAGUUAGAAGAUGAUAACGCAAAUUAACAAACAACAGAAAAACAAAAUCGCAAAAAAAAAACGUAAAAUGCAAAACUUUUAGAUGAUAGUUUUAAAGGGCGAAACAGUGCAAGCAACAGAACAGGUGGUGCAAAACGGAAAAAAAACGCAGCGUAGAAAAACGUAAUGGAAACACAUAUUCAACAAACAACCGGGAGAAAAAGAAAACGCAGCAUUCAAAGGGUAAAACACACAAAAGAAACAGCAAAAGAUGCAAACCGGAAAAAAAUCACUUCAAAACUGGAAGCAAAACCAAUUUAAUCUUCGAAACAGUAUGGAUAAUAAGCUAAACUUAUACAGGUGCAGCACCACCAACUGUGUGUGCGUGUGUGUACCAAACCAAUCUCCAUGAAACACACACACACACGGAAUCAAUCCUACUAUAUAUCUCUCUCAAUCUUACAAAACGUAAUAGAAGUAGAAAUGUGCGCGCAACAUGACAAACUCAACACGUCGAAUAAGAAGAGGAAAUCACACAAAACAGUGGCAAAAGAAAAGAGAAAACAAGCAGAACAGCCCAACAAGUGAGCAAGUGAAACAAAAGUAACUAGAGAAAAGUAAUAAGGAAGCAACACAAAAGAAGAAACAAACAAACACAGCAUCAACAUGAACAUAUAGUAAUAAAUAAAGAAACAAAACAAAUGAGCAGGUUAGCAGUUUUCCAUUGAAAAAAAGUAA